AUGGCUGCAACGCCCUUUCAGACGGAGGCCUGGACGGAAUAUAGCAUUGGCGUCUUGAUUCUGCUGCUGGGAUACUUUGCUCGGUGGAAAGCAGUGGGAUUCAAGGGCUGGCAAGGCGAUGACUACCCUGCGGUGCUGGCGCUGACCUUCUGGACGGCGGAACUGGUGAUGCUGGAGCUCAUUGGCCAGAACGGCACCAACAUUGGCGUAACAAACGACAUCGGCGCCAAGUUGUCCGAUAGACAGCUUGAGAGGCUCGAGUUUGGGUCCAAAUGCUUGUUGGCCGGCUGGAACUUCUAUGUAACGCUCAUUUGGUGUCUUAAGGGCUGCAUUCUUUGUUUUUACCACUGCAUGACAUUCGGAUUAAAGCAACAGAAGGUCGUUAAGUGGACACAAGUGGCAACUAUUCUUGCUUAUGUCGCUGUCAUUUGUGUUAUCCGGGGACAUUGCACGCCGGUGCAGAAGAACUGGCAGGUCUAUCCUUAUCCCGGUGACAAGUGCACUCUUGCCGUGGCCAACUAUGUCACCCUGGUGGUGCUCAACAUCUCGACCGACUUCGCCAUCGUCUGCAUCCCUCUACCCCUUCUGUGGAAGGUCAAGCUCAGCAUCCAGCGCAAGUUGAUUAUUGGCCGUCUUCUCUGCUCUGGCGUCUUCAUUAUGAUUGCUGCGCUUCUUCGAUGCGUCCUGUCCCUCCGAGAUAUCCAGGGUAUCAACGUUAGUACCAUUUGGGCUAUUCGAGAAACGUUUGUCGGUAUCAUCGCCGUCAACGCCGCGGCUAUCAAGCCCCUCUUCUCUGCCACUCGUUGGCUCACCUCGAGCAAAGGCAGCAGCAAGGAUAAGUCCAGCGGUUACCCCAAUAAGUACGGAUACCCUCUGGGCACUAUUGACCACUCGGGUAUCCGCCAGAGCUUGACAAGCAGCCGCCAUCACAAGGGCAUGACGGAGCUGGGCGACAACUCUAGCGAGGAGCACAUUGUGCAGAAGGCCGCGUACCACCAUACUUUCAGGACCGAUAUCUGGGCUGCGACUACCACGAGUGAGCAAAGUUCGUACCAGGACGGCAUUAUGGUCACCAAGGCCUACGAAGUCAGUCCGUCCAAAUCGCCAUUGGGCGUUCAUUCUGUUAUGUAA